AUGGAGAACGACAAGGGAGAACUCGUUGACCUUUACGUCCCGAGAAAGUGCAGCGCAACAAACCGCAUCAUCAAGGCCAAGGACCACGCCUCCGUCCAAAUUUCCAUCGGAAAGGUUGACGAGAACGGGCGUUUCACCGGGGAGAGCCAGGUCUACGCCCUGUGCGGCUUCGUACGAGCAAUGGGCGAGAGCGACGACUCCUUGAACCGAUUGGCGCAACGCGAUGGUCUUCUGAAGAACGUCUGGACCGGAAGCUCCCAACGCUAG